AUGAAAAAAACUCUUCCUGUUCUUGCCCAUUUUGAAAAGAGUUCAGAUGAAAUUGCUAGUAAAUUAACUAAUCAUAUAUAGAAUAUUUUGCAUAAAAGUAUGGAAACAAUUACCAUAUAAUAAAACAAUUAUAAAACUAAAAGAAAUAAUUAGAAACUCCUAUGUUAGAUGCUAAAAGAACAUUAAGAACAAUAGAAUAAGAAUGUGAUUCAAAUAAAAGAAGUAAUUCUAAAUAAUCAGAACGUAUCAAACCUACUUCUACUUUUAAUUUCUCUAGACCUGGUAGUUAAUAUGAUACAUUCAUUCAAAGUACUUAAAAUUUUGACUUAAAUUCUGGAUAACUUUUAUUUUAGAAUUUAAAAUAGAUUAUGGAAUCUAUUUAAAUUAAAGAGGAUCCUCCAAAUUUCUAAUCUUAUUGGGAAUCCGUUUAUAUGUUUAAAUGGGAAUAAUAUAUAUAUUAUUUUAUCAAACCUUUAACAUAAAAGAUAAUUUAAGAAUCAAUAUUAUUAAGUGACAUAGUAAUUUCAUUUAUUUAAUGUUAAAUGAAAGAAAAUUUACUUAAUAAUAAUUCAUAAGAAUAUCAAUAAGAAAUGAUAAUUAUAACAAAACUUUUAUUUGAAAAUUUCUGUCAUUUUUUAAAGAAAAUAUUAACAUAAACAAAAUAAUAAAAUACAUUAGUUAUAUAAUUAUAAAGUAAAAUUGAUUUAAUAUUAUGUAAAAAUAAUCAUAGCAUUAAUUUUAUUUAGGAAUUAACUAAAAAUAAUAGUUUCAUUAAAAAAAUAAUAGAAAAUUUACUAAAAAAUGAUAAUCCUAAUAUUUAACCUGUAAUUAUUACAUGUAGAUAUUAAUUAAGUCAAAUUAAAUUAUUAGAUAUUUAAACUAGUAGAUAAUAAUUAGUUAAUGCAAUUUAUUUAUCUACUAGUAUUGAUUAAUAGAUAGAAUAAUAUUAAUCACCAUUAAAAUCCUUAUUCAAAAUACCUCAUUAAUAAUAAUACAUGAUGCAUUUAAGAGAAUCAUUUAAUAAUUUAGAAUCUGUUUAAGUUCCAUUUAUUUAAACACCUUUUUAACACUCUUUAUGUGUAUUAUUGGAUUUAGAUGAAACCAUGGGUCAUUAUGUAUAAGAUAAAAUAAUAAAUUUAGAAUGAUAAGUUUAAUAAAUUUAUUCCUAGACCAGGACUCAUUGAAUUACUCUAAGGAAUUAAAGAACACUGUGAAAUAAUAAUUUUUACAGCAGGUUUAUAAAGUGUAUAUAUAUAAUUUAUAUAAAGUAUGCAGAUCAUGUAAUAGCUGAAGUAUAAUGUGAUGAAUAUAUAGAUCAUAAAUUAUAUAGACAUCACACAACAUUUAAUGGGAAUAAUUUCAUUAAAGUAAUAGAAUAAUGAUUACAAUAGGAUAUAAGUAAAGUAGGUAGACCUUUAGAAAGAACAAUAAUAGUUGAUAAUACUCCAACAAAUUAUGAAAAAUAAUAAGAAAAUGGAUUAUUGGUGUCAAAAUGGAUUGAUUAAGAGGAAGAUAGAGAAUUAUUUGAAUUGAAGGAUUUGAUAAUUAGAUUAGCUAAGACAAAAACUAUUGAUGUUAGAAAAGCUUUGAAAAAAUAUAGAGAUUAUAUCAGUAGACGUAAGUGA